UUCAACUUGAGGUCGUUUAGGGUAUAUCUGCAAGUGCCGAUAUUAUAAAGUCCAGCGACGUUUAUUUAUUUAAACCGUACAAAAUAUCAAACAACGUCAAUCUGUCUUAUUAAUUGAAUUAUUUUAUACUAUACACGUGUGUAUUGAUCUUGAAUGUGCAUACGUCAACCGAGGUUUUGUUGUACGUGUUUGAAAACACCAGACACUGACGGACGCUCCCUGGACUGCUUGAACAGUCCCGUCAUACCUCGCGUGGCCAACGGCUCUCCCAACCGAAAGCUCGCUCAAUGAAUCAUCGCCUCGGUUUACGCCGGUUGAUUUAGUGCGGUAUUUUGGAACAAGUCCGCUCGGGAAGGAUCAUUAAAACGCUCUUAUGCCACACACGUCGAUAUUAUUUAGUUCUUUUGACUAGGGCGGCCGAGCGUGCUUCCCUGGGCUCGCUUCCUAGGUUUCGGUCGGGGAGGGUAGGUAGGAGGGAGGGGGGGGGACUACGGCGCUGGUCCCGAGAGUCGAGAGAUGAUGGAGCUAGAGUCGGCCAGUAACAGGGGCGAACUGGGAGCUAUGGGAGACCCCUUGCAGCCGCAGACGCCCAGCAGACACGAAAAAAGCCUGGGACUUCUCACCGCUAAGUUUGUAACUUUGCUGCAGGAGGCGAAAGACGGAGUCCUGGACCUGAAAGCUGCUGCAGACACGUUGGCGGUGCGGCAGAAGCGGCGGAUCUACGACAUCACGAAUGUGCUGGAGGGAAUUGGACUCAUCGAGAAAAAGUCCAAGAACAGUAUCCAGUGGAAGGGCGUCGGUCCAGGUUGCAACACCAGGGAGAUAGCGGACAAGCUGAUUGAUCUGAAGGCAGAACUCGAUGAUCUGGCCAUCAGGGAACAUGAGCUGGACCAGCAGAGGGUCUGGGUGCAGCAGAGCAUCAAGAACGUCACCGACGACUCCAACAAUAGUCCUAUGGCGUAUGUCAAACACGAGGACCUCUGCGGAGCCUUCAAAGGCGACACCCUCCUAGCGAUACGCGCUCCCAUCGGUACGCAACUGGAGGUGCCCAUUCCGGAAGCUGUUUUGAACGGCCAAAGAAAAUACCAGAUCCGUCUGAAGAGUUCAUCUGGCCCCAUCGAGGUCUUACUCGUCAACAAGGACUCCUCCAGCGCCUCCCCGGUUGUUUUGCCCGUCCCGCCUCCAGACGACGUCCUUCAGAGCCUGCCGGCGCCGUCGCCGUCCUCCCAGGCGGUCCCUAAAGCGGUCCCAGAACCGCCGAAACCUGGUUCCGCCUCGCCGUCGGCCGUUGCAGCCAGCCACCCGACCUCAGUUACAGAAGUGACCAGCACCACGCCGCUCACGCCCACCACAGACCCCCCCCCGCCAUCCGCCAUCACUCAGCAACUUCAGUCGUCCGCCUCGUUGGACGGAUCGGUGUCGUCGUCUGCGUUUGAACCCAUCAAGUCUGACCCGUCUGAACUGCUGGACUUUCCCAAAGAGCUCUCAGAAAUGUUUGACCCAACGAAAGAGAUUAUGAGCGGAGAUUUGUUGGAGGACCUCAUGUCGUCAGAAGUGUUCUCGCCUCUCCUCCGCCUGUCCCCGCCACCCAGCGACCACGAAUACAUAUACAACCUGGAUGAGACAGAAGGCCUCUGCGACCUCUUUGACGUCCCCAUCCUUAACCUCUGACCUCCAAAGACGGCCACUCGCAAGCGCCGCAACCUCCUUCAAGCUCCGACAUUGAAGGUGAGCGGCGUACAAACGGCAUCGGCGUUCACAGACUCCGAUGAACAAGGAGCUUAGCGCCACCUUCACGCCCCCAUGAGGGACAACACAUUUUUAUUUUAAGCUUCUCCAAGAAUCAAAACAAACAAAAAAAAAAGCCCACAAAAUCUAUUUUUGGAUUCUUGUUUAUAUGUAAGUGUCACAUUAAUGUAUCAAGGAAUGAAUGUGUGUUGUGUGCAUACGACAUGCGUGUGUUUUGUAUGAUUGAGUCCGGUGUCUUCAGGAAGAACAAAAAGAAACCUUUUCCUAUCAGGUCCAGGGGUCACGGCGGACUAACGGAGCGCAGCCUUUAUCACCCACGGCGCCAUUCGGUCCAAACGCAGCCGGUUAAAUAUGCACUCUGUGUACAUAAAGAAUAUAUAUUUUUUGUCUUAGCGGCACACCUGUCAAUCAUCUCAUUUGUAACACGAGCAGAUAUGGUUGAAUUACAGUGGUGUGAAAAAGUGUUUGCUCCUUUCCUGAUUUUUUUUUUUUUUUUUUUGCAUGUUUGUCACAUCAAACUAAUUUUAGUUUUAGUUAAUGACAACACAAAUGAACCAACAUGGAUACCGUGUGUGUGAAAAAGUCAUUGCCCACGCCUGUAGGACCUCAGUAGGACCUGCCUGACAAAGAUGGUGAACCUUCCCAGGAGCGGCCGGCCAAACAUCUCAAAAGCGACGACUCAAAGAGGUCACAAAAGACCCCACAACAGCGUCCAAAGAACCGCAGGCCUCAGUUAAGGUCGGCGUUCAUGUCUUCAUAAGGAAGACACCAAGAAAAACAGCCAAGACCAAAACCGCUGAUGGUCCCCAACACCUUUUGGGGAAAUACUCUGUGGUCCGACCAGAUAAAAACUGAACUUUUUAGAAAGCGUGUGUUCCAUUACAUCUGGCGUACAAGUCAGAAAAAGAACGUCAUAGCAAACAGUAAAAUAUGGCGGCGGUAGUGCGAUGGUCUGGGUCUGAAUUGCUGUGUCAAUUGGACGACGAUCCAAAGCGCACCCAGCAAGUCCACCUCUGAGGAAAAAACUGUGGCCUGGUCCUGAGAGUCUGUGGCAUGACCUUAAAAAGGUGCUUUUUCCACACAUGGAGUCUUAAUAAAGUUUCAUUUAAAAACUGCAUUUUGUGUUCAGUUUUGUCGUUGACUAAUAUUUAUGUUUGUUUGAUGUCUGAAAUAAUGAAGUGUGACAAACAUGCAAAAAAAACAAAAAACACUUUUUCACACCACUGUAAGCUAGUCACUUGCGUAUUUGACCUCCUCAUACUUUAUGUAAGCUACAUAGAAUAGCAUUUUUAUCAGUUAGAUAUUUUAAAAGGACUGUGGCCUUUCAUUUGAGGCGAUACCGUGUAUGGAAUUUUUUUUUCCCCCAGAUCAUGAACGCAUCUUGUCUGGAUGUCCCUUACAUCAUCACAGUCAAAGAUGGCUUACUUAGUCCGUCAUCACCAGCCAGCCAUCCGUCCGUCAACGGAUCAGGCGUACUUUGGCACAACUUCAUGAGUCAAGUGUGUGUGUGUGUGUGUGUGUGUGUGUGAAAUGACUGGUCCCCAUGGCUGUUUUUUAACACGCAAUGUGUAUUUGCAUCGGAUGAAAUAAAGAUUAACACUGGUAUCUUUUUAAAUUGUGUCAUAUUUGUGUGACUU